AAAUGUGGAAACUCCACUUCGCGCUUUGGUACUGGAGUCAGGUAUUCUGGAUAGUCCCAUCCUUCCUAAUAGUGGUGCAUAACUUCAUCUACAAGCCGCCAUACGAUGUGAUGAUCUGUUCAGAUACGAAGGGGGCUCAGCCACCUCCUAACGGACCUAAAGAGUACAAAGUAAUCAGGAGUAACAAGUAUGAUAGAAUUUUCAAGCUUUAUUUGCUGACAGGAAUCAUUUACUACAUCUCCGAUACUAUUUAUUUGAUGAUGAAAUAUGGGUUUGACUUGGAGGCAUGUGAACUUUCAAUGUUUAUCCAUCACAUGUGCACUCUAGCGACCUCGUUCUACAUAAUCCAGGCUGAUCAUUACCCAUGGUUCUUGUCCUUUUCAAUAUCUUUCCAUUGAUUCCUGAUCUUGUUCCCAUGGAUAGGGUUCCUGAACUACAUAUAUAUCUCUGGGUACAUUUGUUAUGCUUAUGCGAUGACCCUUCAUCCGUGGAACAAGAGCCCGCUGUUCUGGAGGAUCCUCGUGACAGCUGCCAUUUUGGUCAUCCCUAUCGCAAUGCUGUUCUUUAACAACUGAAAUAACGCAAACACUUAUUAA